GCGGCUCCGUGAGGUGUUCGGGCGCCGGCAAAUCGCGCCCGGGAUGUAGAGCUGGUGCCGCGCUCGGCGUGUGACGCGCAGCCGGGUGGGUGGCGAGCGGGGGGCGGCGGUCGGGGCGGUGGGCGCAGGAGGCGGCGGCGAAUCCCUAUAAAUGGCGCCGAAGCAGGACCCGAAGCCUAAGUUCCAGGAGGGUGAGCGCGUGCUGUGCUUUCACGGGCCUCUUCUUUAUGAAGCAAAGUGCGUAAAGGUUGCCAUAAAGGACAAACAAGUGAAAUACUUCAUACAUUACAGUGGUUGGAAUAAAAAAGGAGCCGGGAGGCCCAGGCGCUCUGACCACACUUGGAGGACACGGGAGGAUAUUGUAGCCCCUUUUCCUGUUCCUGAAGGAGCUCCCUCAGUCCGCCACCCCCUCCUGACCUCUAGUUGGGAUGAGUGGGUCCCAGAGAGCAGAGUGCUCAAGUACGUGGACACCAACCUGCAGAAGCAGCGGGAGCUCCAGAAGGCUAAUCAGGAGCAGUAUGCGGAGGGGAAGAUGAGAGGGGCGGCCCCAGGAAAGAAGACGGCGGGCCUGCAGCAGAAGAGCGUGGAAGUGAAAACAAAAAAGAACAAACAGAAAACACCUGGGAAUGGAGACGGCGGCAGCACCAGCGAGACCCCUCAGCCUCCUCGCAAGAAGAGAGCGCGAGUGGACCCGACUGUGGAAAACGAGGAAACAUUCAUGAACAGAGUUGAAGUCAAAGUAAAGAUUCCUGAAGAGCUGAAACCAUGGCUGGUUGAUGACUGGGACUUAAUUACCCGCCAGAAGCAGCUCUUCUAUCUUCCUGCCAAGAAGAACGUGGAUUCCGUCCUGGAGGACUACGCGAACUACAAGAGAUCCCGCGGGAACACGGACAACAAGGAGUACGCUGUGAACGAAGUGGUGGCCGGCAUCAAGGAGUACUUCAAUGUCAUGCUGGGCACGCAGCUGCUCUACAAGUUCGAGCGGCCGCAGUACGCCGAGAUCCUCGCGGACCACCCCGACGCGCCCAUGUCCCAGGUGUACGGGGCGCCGCAUCUGCUGAGGCUGUUCGUGCGCAUCGGAGCCAUGCUGGCCUACACGCCGCUGGACGAGAAGAGCCUGGCUUUGUUACUGAAUUACCUGCACGAUUUCCUCAAGUACCUGGCGAAGAACUCGGCGACGCUGUUCAGCGCCAGCGACUAUGAGGUGGCGCCGCCCGAGUACCACCGCAAGGCCGUGUGAGGCCUCCCGGGGUCCCCCCGUCCCUCGUCCUGUACAAAUGCUGACCUUGACCAUGUCCGUGUAUAACUGAACCGGUGUUUGUUUUCUGUUGGAUUUUAAACAGAGAAAAUAAAAGGGGUCCCAGCUCCUUUUUCCUUUUCUUUUUCCUUUUUCAUUUGAAAGUCGCUACCAGUGUAUCGACAGACCACGGAGAGACGGACUGUAGUCUUCUGUGCCUAGUUGGCGAAGCUGCUUUUAAUGCUGGUGGUCCUCCUCCUUUGACACUACGCACUUUUAUAACACGUGUUUCUGCUCGAUGGCAAACGCUGUCCCCAGUGCCAAAGGUUCGCCCCGUGUACAUAACCCCAGUCCGUCCGUUUGUACUCUUUGUUUUUAUGGUGCUGACAGUGAGAGCGUCUCCUCUGCAAGGCGCGCCCGCGGUGCCCUGGGCCUCGGUCUUUGCUCAGAUGCUGAAGAGGUGGCUUGUUCCCGGUUUUGUGUUUGUGUCUGAUGCACGUUUGCCCACGAUAGACGCCACGCAUUGUGUAGCCGCGGUUUUCCGGAACAGCCAGUCUUAGGACUUGUUCUUCAGAUCUUCAAUAAAUUUUUCUUUCAAUUUCAAA